AUGGGCAGCAGCAUCUUCCUGAUAAAAGCAACUGUACGACAAAAAAAAACUGCGGUUGCCAACCCGCUCGCCAAGCGUGGCAACUAUGGCAAUAUACCCAUGAACAAUUACAUAAAUAUACGGCCCCCAGUCCCCGACGGCCCCGCUAUUCCUGGCUACGGUGGCGACCAUGGUAACGGCGGGGCAGGGGGUGCUAAUAAACUCCGGUGGAGAUUCGGUUGCCACCUACGAAGACUCGACCUGGCAACAUUUAACGCACGUACCCUGAGGACUAACGAGAAGAUUCUGAGCGAGCGAGCUGGAAGAAGAGAUAGACAAGUUGCGCUGGAAUAUUAUAGGAUUAUCCGAGGUCCGAAGAGAGGGAAAGGACACGGUGAUUCUCGAAUCCAGCAACUUGUUCUACCACCGGGAGGGCGACCAUCUGUCCCAAAAUCACCAAAGGUCAUACAGGUCUACGCGCCAACGUCGGAACAUCCCGAUGAGGAGGUGAAGGAAAUGUAUGAGGACAUUUCCACAGCCAUGCAUUCCUCCAAAAUUCACUAUACGGUGUUAAUGGGAGACUUCAACGCAAAACUGGGCACAAGAAAGAACGGUGAGCUGAAGGUAGGGAAAUUUGGGAUAGGGCAACGGAACUUAAGGGGCCAGCAGCUGGCCGACUUCAUGGAAAAAGAGGGACUUUUUAUGAUGAACUCUUUCUUCCAGAAGCGGCCCCAGAGAAAAGGGACCUGGUCGAGCCCCGACGGUUCGACAAAAAAUGAGAUUGACUUCAUUAUGACGAGCAGACGCCAACUGUUCAGUGAUGUAUCAGUGAUCGCAGAGGGUGAAAACUGGCAGCGAUCACCGAUCCCUUGGUUAGAGGCACACUGA